UUCACACUGAGGCGCGAGCGCUUGAGCUCAUUCACGACACUAUAAAGCGCGCGGAGUUGAAGCUCGUUCUCGUCGGCGCGGGACAGAGACACACGAUGCUGGCUGUGAUCCGGCUGCUCUUCAUCCUCCGGACCACCAUCAUCUUCAUCAUCAGCGCGGAGAAAGUCUUCCACAGCAGAGAUCAUUCAGAGGAGAUCAACAACAUCCAUCAGGCGGAGCUCAUCACCGACACACACACUGCACAGCGGUUUCUGUCGAAGUACGGCUUCAUAAAGGCCGCAGACGGUGAUGAUGCUCAGAUCCCAGCGGCUGAGACGGAGGUCAGUCUCUCUCUGGUGCUUCAGGAGAGAGGAACCGCGUCCAGAUCCAGCAGUCCUGAUCUCCGGUUCAUCUCGGCCCUGAAGGACUUCCAGCAGGUGUCCGGUCUGCCCGUCACAGGUGUGUUUGAUGAUGCCACUAAAGCAGCCAUGAAUAAACCCAGGUGUGGCGUCCCGGACCAGGAUGAGGAACUGGAGGCUACUGAACAAACGUUAAACGACACGGUCGAGUCCAACAGCACCACAACACACAAUCACACCGAUGCUGCCAAUAACACUGAACCUCGUGUGCAGAAACAGCGCCACCUGGCAGUGCUUCUGAGGAACAGGAGGAAGAGAGACGCGAGCGAAUGGAAGGGACACAUGGCCUUCUCCAAGAGCCUCCUGAAGUGGCGUCUGAUCGGAGAAGGAUACAGCAGUCAGCUGUCCAUCGACGAGCAGAAGUACAUCUUCAGACUGGCCUUUCGCAUGUGGAGCGAAGUCUCUCCGCUGCAGUUCCAGGAGGACACUCACUCGCCUCUGGAGGACAUCGACAUCCGGCUGGGCUUCGGGACGGGUCGUCACCUGGGCUGCUCUCAGCGGUUUGACGGCGCGGGACGAGAGUUCGCUCACGCCUGGUUCCUCGGAGACAUUCAUUUUGACGAUGAUGAACACUUCACCGUCCCAAACACCGGCAGCGGGAUCAGUCUUCUCAAGGUAGCGGUGCAUGAGAUCGGUCAUGUUUUAGGGCUUCCUCACAUCUACCGGCCCGGAUCCAUCAUGCAGCCCAGUUACCUUCCUCAGGACGCCGGCUUUGAGAUCGAUUGGAUGGACCGGAAAUCCAUUCAGAGCCUGUAUGGUGUGUGUAAGGGUCGCUUCAGCACCGUGUUUGAUUGGAUCAGGAAGGAGCAGACACCGUAUGGCGAGGUGGUGGUGCGUUUUAACUCCUACUUCAUGCGUGACGGCUGGUACUGGCUCUAUGAGAACCGUAAUAACCGGACGCGGUACGGGGAUCCGGUGGCGGUGCAGGCGGGCUGGCACGGGCUGCCCUCCAGCGGCGUGGACGCUUACGUUCACGUGUGGAACCGCAGAACUGACGCGGUCUACUUCUUUAAAGGUGUGCAGUACUGGUGUUACGACAGCGAGAAUGAUCAGGUGUUCACUGAAGACUCAGACGGCCGCUCGUAUCCUCGUCUGAUCUCUGAAGGCUUUCCCGGCGUGUCUGGACCAGUGGACACAGCAUACUACGACCGGAGAGACGCUCACAUCUACUUCUUCAAGGGCUCACAGGUGUUCAGGUUUGAUGUGCGCAUGAAUUGCUUGGCUGCUUCUUCCCCACAAAAAAUCACGGAUGUGUUUCCCGCCGUUAUCCCCGGAAACCAUCCCGUCAGUAACCUGGACGCGGCGUAUUUCUCGUACACUCACAACACCGUGUUCCUGCUGAAGGGCUCGUGGUUCUGGAGGAUGGUGAGCGGCAGAGAUCGCAGGCUGAUGCCUCGCAGAGACGUGGAGCAGCAGUGGUUCGACAUCUGCGACGUUCACAGCAGCUCUCUGAGAACCGCGCGCAGAAGAUGAAUCUGAUCUCGGAUCAGACACGCACUGAAGGAGGAAGACUGCAGCACUUUGCUGAUUUUAUACGAGCACAAACUAAACGAACACUAAGAGGACGUUCAUCUGAAUCAGGGAUUCACAAACUUUUUGGUGUCCGCUGAGCUCAAAUAUAUACUGUAACUGAAGUCUCCAGAGAUGAAAGUUUAAGGGAAUAGUUCACCCAAAAAUGAACAUUUGCUGAAAACGUGCUCACCCUCAGAUCAUCCGAGUUUCUUCAUCAGAUUUGGAGGAAUGUCUCAGCAAUGGAUGCUCUGCAGUGAAUGGGUGCCGUCAGAAUGAGAGUCUGAUUAAAAACAUCACAAUCCACACCACUCCAGUCCAUCAGUUAACAUCAAAAGCUGAAACAAAUCCAGCAUUAAGACGUUUGUAACUCAAAUAUGAGUCCAUAAUCCAUAAUAACGCUUCCUUCAGUGAAAAAGUGUUCUGGUGUGAAUCAGGAGAGAAAUCUGCAGAUCAAGCAGCGUUUACAAGCCAGAACAGCUAUAGAUAUAACAGGAGAUGCACUUUUAUAUCCACAUCUUAGUUGGCCUGAGAGUGAGUGAAUUAUGAUACAAUUAAGAACAAAAUCAAUUUGAAAUGAUUUGUUGGUGAUCUCCAUUUCCUUUUUUUUUUUUUUUUUCUUUUUUUUUGGGAGUUAGAGGUUUAUAUAAAAAAAGCAUGUUUGUGUGUCAAUGCAGUGCAACACAAGAUUUGACAAAAACAUGUAUUUAUUUAUACUGUUUGCUGGAAUAUGACUCCAUAUUUAUUAAGUUAUUUGUUUGUUAUAAACAUGUUCUUUCAGAAUGCAUUUCUAAUUUGACCAUUAGUGGAUGUUUCAUGUUUUGUCUAUUUAUUUAUUUAUUUUUUAUCAUAUAAAUCAUUAGGUUUACAUGGCGCCGUGUGUAAUCUCAUAUUAGCAGUUGAAGACGUGAGUUUGCGCAGUUAAUAUUCUUUAAGUCUGAUGUAUAUCUAAGUAAUUUAGCCUUGAUGUUUAAUAUUCAGAAUGAUAAACUAUCGUGUGUUGAGAGGAUUAUUAAACAUGUUUUCAUACAGAUUCUUUAAUAUCAAGCAACAGCUGCUUUUAAUUUAAUUCCUUUACUAAUGCUGACCCUUUCAAACUCUGUUAGAGCUGACAUUUACGGUACAUUACUGUAUAUAUCAUCCUCUGCAGAUGUUCUGAAAUUUAAUAAUUAAGUUUUUUAAUUUUUUUAUUUGCAGUGGUGAUUCUCUGUUUAUCUUAAACAAAAACAUUAUGACACUGAGAAUUAUUUAUGCACUAAUUUAUGAAGCUUAACGAC